AUGUUGCGUCAAUCAAAUAUCGUCGUCUCUGCUGACCCGAGUGCGCGUAUCUCCGUAAGGCGCUCGCGAAACAGGAAUCCCGCGGGCGCGGCGGACAAUGCCAGACUUGGGCCGCAUUAUCUCGGGAAACACGGCAACUACACGCCGAGAGAGGGUGCUGGGGUCUCCUCCGGGCCAUUUGUCAGUGACAGGACGUCGCACGACCGGAGGGGGGGAGGGAGGGAGGGGGCGGCCUCCCCCCCGAAUUCCACCGCGCGUUUGCGGCUUGUGCGGGCGUCUGUACCCGAACGCGAUUACUUCGCCACGCGAGCCGAGAAGGCGCGCCCGCUGAAAUUGAUCCCGGGGGGACCACCCCGCGGGUGGGGGACGGCAAGGGUGGUGGGGCCGAUGGCCGUUUUCCUUUGUGCCGCUGGCCCUUUAUCCAGGACUAUCGCCGUGACUUACGGGCGGGAUCCGCAGGACCCGGGAAUUUUUGGAAAUUCGGCCACGUGCAUACUGCGCCGGCUCUGCGGUUUUGCCCCUGAU